CGUUCGGAAACAGCGGUCCGGAGGUGGCAGAUGCGAGAAGAGCAGGUGGAGAAAGGCUUCCGUCAAUGGCGUCGCCCGUUGCGCCUGUGAGCCAGUCGAAACCCUAGUUCGUUUUCGAGGCUCCUCUGUCGCAAGGAUCUCUGUCGAAUCGAUUGCAGCCUCCCAGGAGCUUCCGUCGCGCCCAUGCGACUCUGGAUAUCCGCCACGCCCCUCUCGAGAGAGGAAACCCUAGUUCUUGAUCUGAACCCCCGCCUCUCUCGACCUGUCGUCCGCUUGAAUUCCCGCGAUGACGGCCGAGUCCCAUAGCCCGACCACCAGAGGCCUCCUCUGUCACGCCGCUGCCGGUGCUUCCGCUGGUGCAAUUGCGGCUACUUUCGUUUGCCCACUGGAUGUGAUCAAGACCAGAUUCCAGGUCCAUGGAUUGCCCAAAAUUUGUAGCAAUGGUGUGAAAGCAGGUAGUGUCAUAAUUGGAAGCCUUGAACAAAUAUUAAAAAAGGAAGGUGUGCGUGGCAUGUAUCGUGGUUUGUCACCAACUGUUUUGGCAUUACUCCCUAACUGGGCAGUUUACUUCACAGUCUAUGAACAAUUGAAAAGUUUUCUUUCUUCAAAUGAUGGAAACCACCAACUAUCUAUAGGUGCCAAUAUGUUUGCUGCAUCUGGUGCUGGAGCUGCUACUACAAUUGCGACUAAUCCACUCUGGGUUGUCAAGACUAGAUUCCAAGCUCAAGAAUUGAGAGUUGGCACGGUUCCUUAUCAGGGUACACUUAAUUCUUUGAGGAGAAUAGCCCAUGAAGAAGGUAUUCGGGGGCUAUACAGUGGUCUAGUGCCUGCUUUGGCAGGGAUAAGCCAUGUUGCCAUCCAAUUCCCAACAUAUGAGAAGAUAAAAAGUUACCUGGCUGAACAAGAUAAUACUACAGUAGAUUCGCUUACUGCACGUGAUGUAGCUGUUGCUUCAUCUAUUUCAAAGAUUGUUGCAUCGACAUUAACCUACCCUCAUGAGGUGGUCCGCUCAAAGCUUCAAGAACAAGGGUUUCAUGCUGAGAUGCGGUAUAAAGGUGUCAUUGACUGCAUUAAGAAAGUAUUUCGAAAAGAGGGUAUUCCUGGUUUUUACCAUGGUUGUGCAACAAACCUCCUUCGAACUACUCCAGCAGCUGUAAUUACAUUUACCAGCUUUGAGAUGAUUCACAGAUUCCUCAUCAAUCUAUUCCCACCUGAAUCACAUCCACAUACGUUGUAAGGAUUAUACUCUGGCUACAGAAAGUUGAUGAUGGACUAGCCAACAAAUAUGAUCUGUUUCAUGCUGCAGUUCAUUUGCCUGAAGGCCCAGGCCUUGUGACAGUGACUGUGCUCGUGAGCUAUGAGAAGCUUAAAUUGUGAUUUCACUGUUGGUAAACAAAGUAGGCACCUUUGAACUUGUAGAAGAACAUGGUGCCGGUGAAAUAAUUCUGGCAGUCACCCGGGGAAUGAGCGUGCCAUGUCUUUUUUUUUUUGGUCUCAAAUUGGUUAUCGUGCGAAUUGGGAACAUAUAGCACGAUAAUGGCCACAAAGAUGAGGUGAGUUUAUCAGUUCUGCUUGUUGUUCAUUUGUUGUUUUAAGUGGGUGUCAAGGCAAGAUUUUGCAUUCCACAAAUGUUGCUAGGGAAGAAUUUUUUGUGGGGGGUAAUUACUAUCCCGAUCAAUCACUAUUGUAAAACUGAUUAUAAUUCUUUAAUCAUCAUGUGUUUUAGAAAUAUACCUUUGGGGAAAAGAUGCUA